CCUUUUACAGAGAGGGUGGGGCUUCCCCCUCACACAAACGCCCCACCAUACUUCCCAAAAAGAUGUGUGUGUAUGUGAGGAAGAGAAACAGACAGAGCACAGGCGGUGCAAGCCAGCUUCAGUACAUGACCUGAAAGUUUCAAGGGCAAAGUGGGAAAAUAUUGAUUGAGGAUGAUGAACGUGAUGACAAAGAGCUGAACAAUGUGAGGAUGUGUGGUUCUGGAAGAAACUGGAAUCUCUAAUUAAUUCACAUCUGAUAUUUCUGAAGAGGGAGCAAAGUGACAAGAGAGGAUACAAGAUAGCAGAUACUCCCCACCAACUCAUUUCUCCGUUCACUCAACUGCCAAGCGCUGUACAAGGAGCAUCAAUGGACCUGCCAAUCAACCUCAUCUUUCUCCUCCUUCUUGCCAUCAGUGGAGUUCUUGGAGUGUGCCCAGAUGGAUGCCAGUGCAAAGACAACAAAAUCCUUUGCCAUGGCAGGUCAAUCACAGAGUUUCCCUCCUCAGUGCCUGGUUCCACUACCACCUUCUACAUCUCCAACACCAACAUCACCGCUCUCAAACCUGAUGACUUGGCUGGUUUUGCCGAGGCCCUUGGCAUCUUUGUGGUCAAAGACACUGGGAUCAGAGAAGUAUUCCCUGGCACCUUUGACCUCACCCAUAACUUGGGUGCCCUGGGAUUCACAGGCACUGAGCUGAAUGACCUGCCUGAGGCCCUGUUUCUAAAUCUGGUGAAGCUGGAAUCUCUGACUCUGAGCGGCAACAAGUUCCUGGUGCUUCGCCCCGCCUGGCUCAACUCCCUCGCUGCUCUGAGGACCCUGGACUUCAGCAAGAACCUCAUCACAUCUGUACCAGAGAAGGCCUUUCGCUCUGUCACUCAGCUGGAGCAUCUCACCCUGGCCAGGAACGGCUUCAACCAACUCUACAGGGACACCUUCAGGGGCCUGAGCAAGCUCAAAUCCCUGCGUCUGAACCGGAAUGCUCUUAGGGCGAUCCCUGCUGGAGCGUUUGAUGACCUGGUAAACCUGGAGGAGCUCUCUCUGCAGGAUAAUGCCAUCACUCAUCUCCCCGCUAACCUGUUCUCCCAGCUGCAGAGGCUAAAGAAGCUUUAUCUCUCCAGCAACCGGCUAACUUCCCUCCCAGAGGGGAUUCUCCUCAACCUCCCUAACCUGGCACAGAUCUCCCUGUAUGAGAACGAGCUCCAGAGUCUGUCCCCAGGAGUGUUCGGCCCCAUGGCCGUGAGGGAGCUGUGGCUGUAUGACAACCGUCUGACCCACCUGGAGGAACACACCUUCAGCAACCUGACCCAGCUGCGUCUGCUGGUACUGAGCCGGAACCAGAUCAGCUCUGUGUCUCCCGGGGCCUUCAGUGGGCUGGCAGAGCUGGGGGAAGUGUCCCUACACACCAACCUCCUCACCAGCCUGCAGGAAAACACCUUCCAGGGGCUGCAUAAGCUGGUAAACAUCUCCCUGGAGCACAAUUACAUCCACUCCCUUCCUGCCAAGCUUCUCCAGGGCCACUCCCACCUUGGCCAGCUGGACCUCCACAACAACUCCCUCCUCAACCUGCCCUCAGAGCUCCUCAGCACCCUCACGGUGGCCAAUGAGGUGCUGCUCGCUGAAAAUCCCUGGAAGUGUGACCAGGACAUCGUGCCACUGCGGGACUGGCUGACACGGAACCCCACCAAGGCUAACCUCAGUACUGUGGUGUGCCUCACGCCCUCUGUCUUAAGCGGUGACAGCAUAGCCGAACUGACUGACGAGGAGUUGAUGUUGUCCAUUCCGACCGCCCUCCCUGAUAUCACCCCGACAGAGAAGAGGAGGAAGCCCCACACCCCCGCUCCCAAGUGGAGCACCCCCUCCCCUGCUGCAGAGGCCACGCCCACCCAGGAGCAGGGGGAGGACACCAGCAGUGGGCAGGAGAACGGAGAGGGUGUGUCCAGGAACACGCAGAUCAUUAUCAUCGCGGUGGUCUGCACCGCCAUCAUCACCAGUCUCAUUGUCUGCUGCGUCUGCUGGAGGAGGAACAACAGAGGCAGCCGCAACCUUGGCCGCAGGAACAAAAACAACUCGGUCAUCUAGAUUGGCCCAGAGGCCUGAGAACCACAUAGGAGGUGUACUGUACAGUUAUGCUGAGCAUGCCAGAGCAAACAUCCUGAUGCAGCUGUUCCCAAACAUCUUAGCACAGGAACCCAUCAUGUCUCUAUCAUGUCUCUUCAAGAACUCAUGACGAAGGACAGACUAGCUGGGGCCUGAUCCUUGGGGAACUCUACUUUGAUCGAAUAAGUUAUUCUGAUUGGGAUCCCAUAAUAUUAUAACUAAACAAUUUUGCAAGUCCCUCUUCAGCGAGCUUUCUGAGGUUUGAACAAUAUCCUGCACAAAUAACCAAAAAGAACAUCUCAUAAACCAACAAUAAUCAUCUGGAAAUUGCAUGGAUGGUAUGCACAAAAUGCCAUUCAUAUUUUCUUUGAUACUGAUAAAAAAGUUGAACGUAUACAACUGAAGUCGGAAGUCACCAUUCAUGUGGGUUGGAGUCAUUAAAACUCGUUUUUCAACCACUCCACAUAUUGUUUUGGCAAGUCGGUUAGGACAUCUAUCACAAUUCCAGUGGAUCAGAAGUUUACAUACACUUAGUUGACUGUGCCUUUAAAC